GGACCAAGGAGGCAUGCUGAGGGCUGGACGGAGGUGCCGAGGGGGCGGGGCCAAAGUCCUGACUGGGCCGCCCCCAGGCUUCCCGCUCCACUGACGUGGCGUGAUGACGAGAGUGACGCAGACAGGCGGCGUGUUAGGAGCUGGAGGAAGCCCUGCGCGGCGCACUACGUAGGGGCUAGCUCCGCCUCGGCCAAGUUGGUGUUUACGAGGACAUUAGCUGGUUCUGUCGGAGGACAGAGGGACACUCUGAGAGAAAGCAAGCCGCUGACUGAGCGCUCUCAAGUGGGGAGGAUGCUGGUGGUGGAGGUGGAGAACGGCCGCUCCCUGGUGUGGGGCGCCGAGGCGGUGCAGGCGCUGCGGGAGCGCCUGGGAGUCGGGGGCCGCACGGUGGGCGCCCUGCCGCGCGGGCCGCGCCAGAACUCGCGCCUGGGCCUCCCGCUGCUGCUCAUGCCCGAAGAGGCGCGGCUCCUGGCCGAGAUCGGCGCCGUGACCCUGGUCAGCGUCCCGCGCCCCGACCCCGCCCGCCACGGCCUCGCUCUGGCAUCCUUCAAACGCCAGCAAGAGCAGAGCUUCCAGGAGCAAAGUGCCUUGGCAGCCGAGGCCCRUGAGACCCGGCGUCAGGAGCUGCUGGAGAAGAUUUCAGAGGGGCAGGCUGCCAAGAAGCAGAAGCUGGAACAGAAUUCGGGGUCCUGSGAGAGCCAGCAGGCCCCCGGGAGCCAGGUUGCUGAAGGGAACGAGACUGGAGAUAGCCAGGCUUCGGGGGAGCAGGAGGAAGCAGUUUCCUCCUCUCCCCAGCCAGGGCUUUCUGAUGGGGUAGACCCCCUGCCCAGAUCUGCCCUGCUGGUCCAGCUGGCCACUGCCAGGCCUCGACCUGUUAAGGCUAAGCCUCUGGACUGGCGUGUCCAGUCCAAAGACUGGCCCCAUGCUGGCCGUCCUGCUCAUGAGUUGCGCUACAGGAUCUACAAAGACUUGUGGGAGAGAGGCUUCUUCCUAAGUGCUGCUGGCAAGUUCGGGGGUGACUUCCUCGUCUAUCCUGGUGACCCACUCCGUUUCCAUGCCCACUACAUUGCCCAGUGCUGGGCCCCUGAUGACCCCAUCCCACUCCAGGAUCUGGUCUCUGCCGGCCGCCUUGGAACCAGCGUCAGAAAGACCCUCCUGCUGUGUUCUCCACACGGAAAUGGUGUGGUGGCCUACACCUCCCUGCAGUGGGCCAGCCUGCAGUGAGCACCAGAGACCCAGGGGUGUGGCUGACAGCUGCAGGAACCUCCUGGGCCUCCCCCGCCAUGGAGGCCCAUGCUCUCUCUAUGGUUAGUCUCUGAUCCCAGGGUUUUUAACAUUAAUCCUUUUUUUGGUUCUUCCUAUUUCAAGCACUUGUUGGCUGUGUCGUUUUGUAGUUACCCAUGUCUGAACUGUGAGCUUCUUGAGAGUGACU